AUGCCGUUAGCAAGGCUCUUCAUAAUCGACGUUACAAUUCUCACUUUCGCCGGUCUUUCGGGCUUGCUUUCGCUGACCUGCUUCAGCGCCACCAUCCAUUGGGCUAUCAAUGCGGAAUCAAAGUGCGAGGGAUGCAUAGCCACAACAGAGAGCCGCUGCUUAUCAAGCAAUAUAAUUGUGAAGGGCUCGCGACAACUUUUAGCCGGCGCCCCGGCUGUGCCAAAAUUCAUCGCCCUCGGUUGUGGCUGCAGUCUGACGGCCUUUGUCAUUGGUGUUCUACGAUUGCACUUGGAGAAGAUCGGUCGUCACAAGCACUCCCGAAUCGCCUACAUCGCCCUCCUUAGUUCAGGAUCUAUGUCAAUGCUAAUAGCCUUGGUGAUAUGGGGCGACAUGGCAGCACACAUGUCCACCAAGGUAAUCGAGCAAAGACGAAUGAGCUUGCUGCGGAACUACUUCCGUCUUCUGAAUGCCAAUAUCUACGAAAACCGCACAGCCUUAGUGCAUGUGGUGACGGAGCACAUCGCGGCCGCUCGGAAUCACCUCACCGAUGCCUCCCUCGUGGAGGCCUUUCAAAACCUUUACUUCUCAUGGCCUUUUGGGGUAGCCGUAACCGCGGAGAUCUUUCUCUUCAUGGCCACGGUACUCUACCUCACUCGGAAAGACUUUAAAGUGGCGCCUCAACAAUUUCCUGUUUAA